UGUAGCAGGUAGGCAGGAGGACUAGCAGAGUAGAGCGCGGUAUAGACGCCUAUAAAAGCUCACUGGCAUUCGGGUGCUAACGUCACACGCUGGUGGUACAUUCUGCUGAAAACAAGGUCCACUUGGCGGUGAAAUAAUCACUAAAUCAUUACAUUCAUUGAUAUCAGUGUUUUUCAUUUAUUUUCUUCUUAACGUGUCUAUGACAGUUAUUUGAAAAUAAGUACGACAGACUAAAAUUAAACGUCUGGAAAUCGGUAUCCAAAAGAAUCUUAGUACCGGUAGUUUUUUUUUUUGAAAUAUAUAUUCAAAAGUCUAGAGUAAUUAAUUGAAGGGUGGUAUUAUUUUGGCAAUAUUGUGUUAAGUAAAUCAAAGUAUCCUUGAUCAUCAGAAAGAUAGUCUGGUGAUAUAAAAAAAAAAAAAAGAAUCUUGGGUUGUAUUUUGACUUACUUGGGUGAAAGAAGUCGGAAGGAAAAUUUAAAAACGUGACAAAAUCUCUCCUGUCUGAUUCCUUCUCAUUUUCCUUCAGUGAUUAUUUUUCUUCUGGGUCAACAGCUGCAAUAGUUGGAGUUUUGUAAUUCACAAGUCAACUUAUUCCGUCAUACAGCUUGAGAUAAUUGACUAAAACGAUGUUUUUCGUUAGUUUAUUGGUACUAACAAUAUUUAUAAGUUCUUCGAAAUCAACACCUCUAUCUUAUAUGACAUAUCAACGAAGGAAUGACAUCGCUGAUUUGAAUGGGGAAAUGUAUAAUACAUAUGUACCUUAUGUUGUUGAUGAUAGAAGAUCAGCAUCAGCUAAUGAAGUUUACUGGCCACAAUCAUCAGAGGAUGAUACUUUGAAAAUCAACAAUUCUAUCAAUGGCGUAGAUCGAGUGAAAAAACUCCACUCACUGUCAGUAUCUAAUUCUCUGGAUGUAUUGAGGGAACGUGUUCUUCUGGAAUUGGCGCGCCAAAAAGCUCUUCAGGAUCAACAGCAAAUUAAUGCUAAUCGCCGUUUCCUGAAUAAUAUUGGGAAACGUUCCAAUGUGCACCCAAAAUUAAAUCUAAUGCUUGACACAAAAAAAAAUCGUAUUUUAGAUUACACUUUGACGGAUAAUCUAGAGCAGAAUAAUUUCCCCAUUAAAAAUUUAUUGAAACGAAACUCAUACUGGGUAAAUAAAAAUGAACUUGGAGAUCAAUAUGAUGAAGGUGAUGAUUUACAAGAGGCAGAAAUGAGGCGAAUUAAUUUAUUGUAACGGGAAGAAUGCCAUUGGAUACCGAGUACAAUUUUGUCUUUUUCUCUGUAAUUAUAUUUAUAAUUCAUUCAACGUAUUGGAUUUGUCAUGCACAUAUUUUAAUAAUUAAUUAAGCCAUUUGGAAAAAGAAAUUUUUUUUUUUUUGGUAAUAAUUGCUAUUCAAGAAAAUUUUUAGUGAUCUCAUAUUCUUAUCUAUUAUCUAUUAAUA